AUGGCAAAAAUCACCCAGCUCCCCACCGAGCUUCUGCAGAUGAUCUUUUCGGAAUUCUUAAACAUUCUCACGCCCACCGCUUACAAAGUCUUACCGCUAUUCAAGGUGAGUGCGGAAGACCUGGCUACACUACAGGCUGUUUCUCGCACUUGUCGAGCACUCCACCGCGCCGUCGAACCCCUCGUCUGGAGACACAUCUGCAUUGAGGCGCAUGACAUCAAUCGCCCAUUCACCGGUCCUAGCGUUUCUCAACUCGUAGCUCUCAUCCGUCUCUGGCACGCCCGCCCCGAUCUUGCCGCGCAUGUCCAUACCAUCUUCGUCUCUUGGACAGCGCUGUAUCUCGGCCAGCAGCUCAUUCAAGACGAGGACUUUGAGUUCCUCUCGGGCCUGAUCCGGGACCUCGGCCUCCGGUUACCAGAUGGCUGGCAUGAGGCUGGAAAAAGCACUGGGAUUCUGGCUGGAAUCGCGGUCCUCCUGGCCCGGAACGUGAGAGUGCUUGACCUGCAUGCCCACUCCACGUACUUCUUCGACUGCAUCCCUGCACCAGACGAGACACCCGUCUGCUUUGAAUCCCUAACCUAUGUUCGGCUUAAUGCGUCGUCGCCGAGGAACCCGUCAUCGAUCGACAUAUGCCCUUUACUGAGGCUGGCCCCGAACCUUACCAAGCUUGAAGCUUGGCCGGGGCUUUUCGACCCCAAAGACCUGGACUGGAGCGGAAUUACCACGCUCAUGCUUGAAGGAGCCGAAACGAGUGCAGCUCAGGUUGCCGGAGUCAUCAAGUCCUGCAGCAAACUGAGGGAUUUCAGCUUCUUUACGAAGCACGACCCCUCACCAAGCGAGAUUAUGGCGGCACUUUCGACGCAUACAAGCACUCUUCGAAGGCUCAAUCUCUAUUUCAUCAGCCUGUACUCGGAUGCCAAGGUCGCCAUUGGCUCAUUGGCCGCCUUCACUGGUCUCGAAGAGCUCUCAAUCCCCGCAGACAACAUCGGAACUGGAGCUGGAUGCGCUCUCCGAACACUCCCCCAGAGCCUGAGGCUCCUCAACAUCGAGGGCCACCUUCACGAGCACCGAGAAGACAUCGAGUGGCUGGCCGGCCACAUCCGGGCCGGAAACCUUUCCAACCUCGGAGAAGUCCGGCUACCUGUUUGGGAGUGUGAUGGCGACCACGCCGGGCCAUGCCGUGGCACCUACGUGGACGAGAAUAAUGGAUAUGAGAGCGGCAUCGAUGAGCAUGGCUCAGACUGGGAAUAUGAGGAUGGCGACGAAGAUGAAGCCUGCGACGGCGGCAAAACAGUCCACGAACUCCGGGCCCUCUUUCGUGACGCGGGCGUCUCCUGUAAUAUUGGUCCGCACUUGAAAUGGUCUUGA